AUGUACUCGUGGCUCGCGCUAUGUGCCGCUUGCAGUGACGUUGGCUGGCGCGUGUUGCAGAGACGGCGGGAGCCGACGUCGUGGCUGGUGUACCCGGCGUCCCGCCUGCAGCGCCUGCUGCAGUCCGCCGCCAGCCCGCCGCCCGCGCUGCGCAGGCCCUCCGUCAUCACAGGACACCCGUCCCGGCUGAAGCGACUCCCACACCCACUACACGGCGCACGUAUGCAUUCUGUGAUGGAGGCGCUACUAGGCGAGUGUUGUGUGGUCGUCUGCCCGGUUAAGUGGCUGCCUGGCAGAACUUUAGACGCGGGGGCGGCGGCCCGCGGCGGGGGGGCCGAGCCGCCAUUGGCCGGCCGCCUCGCCCCGCCCCCGCGAAAAAAACCGUCGGAAAAAAGCGGCGCUCGCACGGCAGUGUCUCACGGACGCGCUCGGUGGGCGGACGCUCGCAACGAAGAGACGGCGCGACCCAGGACCGGCGGCCGCGGCCGCGCCAUGCCCGCGCUGGCCCUGCGCGACCAGCCGCUCGACUGCUCCAUGCGCCUGCGCGAGCUGCCUGCUUGGCCGCCGCCGCACCCGCGCGCGCUGCCCAGCGACCAGCAGCGACACGGAAACGUCCCGCCCACGUGCCCGGUAAGCGCUAAUUGUAUAAGUCACGAACUGUCACACGAGGCAGGAGUCAGCAGCCGCGCAGCCGAGUGCAGGCAGAGUCAGGUGGCGUAUUGUGAUUUAGCGGGGUCAGGCAAGGGUUGUCCCGCGGGACCGUCGCCUGCACUCCCUCCGCAAAUACUAUUAACUCUUUUAUGUGAACCUUUUGUCACCUCGCCGCGACCGGCCGGCCCGUGCUCAACAUGCGGUGGACAGGGCGCCAACCACUGGCAGCCAUCAUCGACGCACUACAGAACGCAAGUCCGGGCGUCGACACACAAUCCAAAUGUACCGUAA